AUGUCCGCAGACUUAGUCUUUGGCCCGCCAGGGGACGAAUGGCGCUAUGAGAAAUCGACACGAACCUAUGAUCUCACCCGGGGCCGGUCCCCGGCUUUAACCCUCGGCACGACCCAGGGCCCCACGGAGACCUUCAUAUCCGUAGCCCCCCACAGCACAGCACUCGUGAUAGUCGACAUGCAGAAUUACUUUCUGCAUCCGAGUUGUCGAGACCAUCCCGCCGGGCUGGCCGCGGUGGAGAAGACCAAGAACGUCGUCGAGAAAUGCCGCGAAUUAGGCGUCCAGGUAAUCUGGCUAAAUUGGGGUCUGACCAACGAAGAUCUCGUUGAGAUGCCCGCCAGCGUCCAGCGCGGAUUUUCAAGAUCACUCAUACAUGGCGCCGUAGCAAACGACAAGAUCGUCCGCCUCGGCCUGGGCGCAGAGCUAGGUAACGGUAUGGGCCGCUGUCUCGUCAAGGGCAGCUGGAAUGCCGACAUAUACGAGCCGUUGAAGCAACUUGCCCGUACCGGGGACGUGCACUGCGACAAGAAUAGGAUGUCCGGCAUGUGGAGCCCGGGGCAGUCCCUGCGGGAGCACCUGGAACGAGAGCCCGGAAUCGGAGAGGGGAAGAAGCGGACGCUGCUCUUCGCCGGGGUGAACACGGACCAAUGCGUCCUGAGUACUCUCACCGAUGCGUAUAAUGGCGGGUGGGAUUGCGUGAUGCUGGAAGACUGCUGUGCGACAACGACGCCAGGGGCGCCUGGUGUCUGCCUUUACAACAUCGCUGGCUCGUAUGGAUUUGUCACAGACAGCGAGGCCUUCAUCGCGGGUACGAGUUAG